AUGACAUUUUUUGAUUUAGUUUGUGGUUGUCGCAUGCAUUUAGCGUUUAUGUGUUUAUUAGGAGUAUUAGACGAUUUUGUAUUCGGAUUUAUAGAUUUUAUAUUAUUAUUAUGUAUAUCAUUUUUAAGUUGCAUAGAUUUAUAUGAUGUGUUGUUUAUGGGAAAUAGAUUAUUUUAUAUUCGGUUACGAGGAUUAUGUUUUUUUGAUUGUUUAGAUUUAGUUUAUUGUAGUAUUAGUGGUGUAUUAGCACGCUCUGUAGGUCUUGUUUUAGAUUUAAGGCUUUAUUGUUGUUAUGAUUUAUAUAGCAUAUUUGUAUUUGAUUACUGUUUUAGUUUUUUAGGUGAUGCAUUUGAUAGAUUUUAUUUACGUCUUUUCGAUAUGCGUAUGAGUUUAUUUAUAGUAAAACAAUGUUUUUUUUAG